AUGAAGAUUAUUUCCUGGAAUAUUAGGGGUUUGGGGGGUUUAGCAAAAAGACAGGAGGUCCGUAAGUUGGUGGGUACCCAACAUCCCUAUUUGUUGUGCCUCCAAGAAACUAAGUUGCAGUCUUGUGAUGAUUUUAUUUGUUCGACUCUUUGGGGUAUCUCGUCUCAAGCGUUUUCCUACCGUCCCUCGAAUGGGGCUUCUGGGGGCUUACUAACCCUUUGGGACACUGCGGAGGUGGAGGUGUGGUCGUCGGAGAGUCUUGAAGGUGUUUUGUGGUGUCAUGGUCGGUUUGUUAGGUCGGAUGAGGAGUUUUAUGUGGCAAAUGUUUAUGCUCCGUGUGAUGAUGGGGCGAAGCAACUGUUGUGGGACUCGCUUUCCGCGAAAAUCCAAGCGUUGGGGAGAUCUCGGAUAUGUGUGUGCGGGGAUUUCAAUGCUGUUAGGAGCGUAGAUGAACGUCACUCGGUUAGGGUCGGGUAUCGCUCCUCAGAUCACAUCUCUUUUAAUCGUUUUAUAGAUGAUAACACCCUGGUGGAUCUUCCGCUGUGUGGUCGUAAGUACACCUGGUUUAAAGGGGAUGGGCUGUCGAUGAGCCGUUUGGAUAGAUUUUUGCUCUCUGGGGAGUGGUGUUUAACUUGGCCCAACUGUACUCAGGUCGCUCGGAUGAGAGGGUUAUCUGACCAUUGCCCUUUGGUUCUGGCAGCGGAUGAGGAGGAUUGGGGACCUCGUCCUUUAAGGAUGCUUAAAUGCUGGAAAGAUGUUCCUGGGUAUAAGUUGUUUGUGCGAGAGAAAUGGACUUCUUAUCAGAUUGAUGGUUGGGGUGGUUAUGUGCUCAAAGAGAAAUUUAAAAGGAUUAAGCUGGCCUUGAAAGAUUGGCAUCAAAUGCACACCAAAAAUUUGCCUAGUCGGAUUGAGUCUUUGAAAGAUAGACUGGCGGUGAUUGAUGCGAAGGGGGAAGAGGAUGAUCUAUCUGAAUUUGAGCUAGCGGAACUUCGUGGGGUCUCGUCAGAUAUUCAUUCGCUUUCCCGGUUGAACGCAAGUAUUUGCUGGCAGCAAUCUCGUUCGCGUUGGCUCAAGGAAGGGGACGCCAACACCAAGUAUUUCCAUUCAGUCCUAGCCAACCGACGGAGAGGAAAUACUAUUUCGUCCUUACAGGUGGACAAUACCAGAGUGGAGGGUGUGGUCCCUAUCAGAAAUGCGGUUGUUUCUCAUUUUGCUGCUCAUUUUAAGGCUGUUACUAUGGAGAGGCCUGGGGUGGAUAAUCUAGCUUUUAAACGGUUGCAGGUGGCGGAAUUAUAA